CAUUAAUCCAUGCAUCGCCAGCUCCACAAUGCCUCUAUGCCCCUCUCUCUCUCUCUCUCUCUGCCUUUUUGUUUCUGGAAAUUAAUUUUUUUUCUCUCUGUUUUCAUAAAAACAACCAAACAAACAGACAAAAACUACUUUCUUUUUUCACAUGCUUCAGCUUCUCUUUUCCGAUUGAAUUGGAAUUCGAAAUGACAUCCGAUUCUUUGGGCUAAGAUUGAAUUCCAGUUGAGAGUUCUGAUUUGCCAAUAAUCAUGUGGUUUUCCUUCUGGAAAUCUAGGGAUCGCUUCUCCAUAGACGAACUCAGGUAUCUCACUGAGCAGUUGACAAAAAUUCAAAUUGUGAAUGAAGUUAACAAGGAUUUUGUUAUUGAGGCACUGAGAUCAAUUGCGGAGUUGAUAACAUAUGGUGACCAAAAUGACUCAAGCUUUUUUGAGUUUUUCAUGGAGAAGCAAGUCAUGGGACAAUUUGUACGUAUACUAAAGAUUAGCAGAACUAUGAUCGUUUCACUUCAGCUACUACAGACAAUGAGUAUUAUGAUCCAGAAUCUAAAAAGCGAACAUGCAAUAUACUAUAUGUUCAGUAAUGAAUACAUGAACUACCUAAUUACUUAUUCAUUUGACUUCCGCCAUGAAGAGUUGUUGUCUUACUACAUAUCCUUCUUAAGAGCAAUAAGUGGAAAGCUGGACAAGAAUACAAUUUCUUUGCUUGUGAAGACUCAAAAUGAUGAAGUUGCUUCAUUUCCACUAUAUGUUGAGGCAAUACGAUUUGCUUUUCAUGAGGAGACCAUGGUCCGCACUGCGGUACGUGCUCUGACACUUAAUGUUUAUCAUGUUGGAGAUGAUUGUGUAAAUAGAUAUGUCACCAGUGCCCCUCAUGCUGAUUAUUUUUCAAACUUGGUUAUGUUUUUCCGGAAGCAGUGUAUCAGUUUAAAUGGAUUGGUCUCUGAUGCUCUGAAAAACCCUGGGUCCGACUCAAUCUCUACAAUUCUUGCUGCUGUAGAUGAAAUUGAGGACAAUCUCUACUAUUUUAGUGACGUUAUUUCUGCUGGGAUUCCUGAUGUUGGAAAGUUAAUAACAGAUAACCUUUUGCAGCUUUUGAUAUUUCCAUUGCUUCUUCCUUCUUUAAGGAUAGAAGCUGUUAAUGAAAUACAAAUUGGUGCUGUGGCUUCUCUAUAUUUAAUCUGCUGCAUCUUGCGAAUUGUCAAAAUCAAAGAUUUAGCAAAUACCAUUGCUGCUGCUCUUUUCUUUCCGCUUGAGGCCUUCAGACAAAUUUCUGAAGUUAAACUUAAUGGAUAUAUGCUUGGUCAUGGUUCUAUACAUGAUAGCCAACCUCAAGGAAGUGACAGUCUAACUGGUGUGGAUGGCGCACGCUUGAGAGUUAACGUACCAAACUCAUCUAGUUCUUCACAUAUUCAUCCGGAAGUUGUAAUUAGCCAAAGUGAUAGUACUGGUUCCAAUUUGGCUUUGAGGGAGGCUUUACUUUCUUUCCUGACAAGUGGGGAUGAUGUACUGGUAUUGGGUUCUUUAGGUGUGCUGGCCACCUUGCUGCAAACAAAAGAAUUGGAUGAAUCAAUGCUAGAUGCUCUUGGAAUUCUUCCUCAGCGCAAACAGCAUAAGAAACUCUUACUGCAAGCUUUAGUUGGUGAGGACGCAGGUGAAGAGCAACUGUUUUCGUCUGAAGGUAUCUGUUGUGAGCUUGAUAGUUAUCUACAAAAGCUUAAGGAGCAGUAUGGAGUUUUGUAUUCUUUUCCGGAAGAGGGAGCAAGCCCUCGUGCACAUAGAUUUCAGGUACUUGAUGCACUGGUCAACCUCUUUUGCCGAUCAAAUAUUUCUGCAGAGACAUUAUGGGAUGGUGGUUGGCUUUUGCGGCAGUUGCUCCCAUAUAGUGAUGUUGAAUUUAAUAGCCAUCAUCUUAAAUUGCUGAAAGAUUCAUACAGGAACUGUACUAUUGCUAUUCAACAAGAAAUUAGAGGAAUCUGGGUUGAUCUACUUUUAGCAUUCCUUUGUGAUGAGUGGAAAAUGUGUAAAAGAGCAAUUGAGGCUUCAGCUCCUCGGAAAGAGCCCAAGUGCAUCCUCUUGCCAUCACAGAGCUCCUAUUCUGAUGAUAUUAUUCCAGCUGAAUCAUCAUUUAUUGCUGGUGAGAGAAUGUGCGAGUUGGUUAAGGUAUUUGUACUCCUACAUCAACUUCAAAUAUUCUCCCUUGGUAGAGUAUUGCCUGACCAACCUCCUAUUUGUGCUCCUGCUGAUGUUCCUGAAAGCUUCCGAGCCAGAACUGCUGGACUUGAUACUUCAGGUCCAAAGCCUGGAACCGAAUUAAGAAUUGUUGAUGCUGUGCCUUGUAGAAUUGCAUUUGAAAGGGGUAAAGAACGUCAUUUCUCCUUUCUAGCAAUCUCUAUGGGAACAUCUGGGUGGCUUGUGCUUGCAGAAGUAUUACCCUUGAGGCAGCAAUUUGGAGUUGUUCGUGUUGCUGCACCUUUGGCUGGCUCUAAUCCCAGAAUCGAUGACAAGCAUUCAAGAUGGUUACACGUGCGUAUCCGACCAUCCACUUUACCCUUUCUGGAUCCUGCUAAAUCUGGUGCUUAUGGAAAAGUGAAGACAAAAGCUUUGGUUGAUGGGAGAUGGACCUUGGCAUUUCGGGAUGAGGAAUAUUGCAAGUCUGCUUUGUCUAUGAUUCUUGAGGAGGCUAAAUUACAAAGUAAUGAGGUGGAAAGACGACUGAAACCUUUAUUUGACCUUGAAAAACCUAUAGAAUCUUCAAACCCUUCUGUCAGUUCUCCCAAGGCCUCAUCUUCAUAUAUAACACCAUCCAAUUUGUUUUAGGUCCCCUAAUGUAAGUUUUCCAAUUAGGGUUUUACUAACGUAUGUCCUUAGGGCAUACAUUAGUAAAACCAUUUUAGGAAAUUUUUUAUGGAAAAAUGAAAAAGUUACCAACUUUUUUGACAGCUUUUUCAAUUUCCCAUAAAAAGAUUCAUAGAAUGAAUGAUUAAUGUAUGCGGGCAUAUAUUUACCGGAUCCCUCCAAUAAUAGUUUGCUUCUGCUCAUGGGGUGGCAGCAUAUCCAGCCACCCUUGUGUAUAUAUACCCGGAAUUGUAGAUUAGCACAAGAAAUUUAGUUCCAUUCUUUGUAUACUAGGUUUCCUCUGCCCCCCCCCCCCCCCCCCCAAAAAAAAAAAAAAAAAAAGUAUAUUAAGCCUUUUUGCUCUCAUUCUUUAGCAGCUCUAACCUUAGGCUCUCUCUUCUUUCCCUUGUUCGUAAGCUGUGUAAAAACAUUUGUAUAUUUGAGGCAAUCCCAUAGUGCAGCUUUUUGUGCACUUUCUCUUUUGUCAAAA